CUCCGAUGCCCAAACUUUGCGGGGCUGCGGGAGCGGGGCCGCGGGCAGCAUCACUCCUGCGGGAUGCCGGCGGUGGGAUGGAUGAUGUCCGCCCCGCUGCCGGCAGCGCCCGCCCUGUGAUUCCCGCCUGCCGCCGGCUCCGCUCCCAGACAAAGGCUGAGCUCAGCGCCCGCGGGCGGCUGGACCUGGGCUACCCACGGCAGCGCUCCCCAGCUUCCCCUGCACCUCCCCGCGAACACCCCGCCGACGGAUCAGAGCUCAUCUUUUGUCACCGCAAGGAUUAACUCCCCGGGGAGCGGCGGCGGAGGCUGAGCCCACGCUGCCAGCCUGCUUCCAGCACGCUCAGGAGUUUCGGAGCCAAGCUCCCGGCAGCUAAUCCCCCUCGCAGCCGGGGCCGGGGAGGAUGGGGAGAGCCGGCAGGUGAAGGGACAGCAGGGAAGAGGACGGGAGGAGUGUCACACACACACACACACACACACCCCGCACACGGCAGCGGAGAGGAUCGGAUCGGAUCGGAUCGGCGGCUGCGUGCGGGGAGCUCCGCAGGGACCCAGCCCGCAAUGAAACCAGCUGGAGCAUCGGGAGAGAGGAUCUGCUCGCUUGGAUAAGUCUUUAAGGAAUCGAUCGGGAGAUGCCGGUAGAAGAAGUUGCCGAAAGCCAGGCUGGAAUGGGCCGGAGCUGCGCGCCGCCGGCCCCGUCGCACAGCGGAGCAGCCGAACUUUGUGGGGUCUGAGCGUUCAUCCCCUCUGCGAACGGGAGAGCCAGCACCGCACCGCGCACCUGGAGCCUGACCGAGCCUGGGGCAGAGCCAAGGGGGCAUUUCUGUCUCAACAAGGACCAUCGCCUCUGAAACAAAAAACAAAAAAAAAAUAAAGCUGGAGAAGGGCAAUUUAUCUUUGUUUUCCAGAUGACUGAAAAUAUCUACAGGAUCCUGUCUCUCCGGUGUUCAUCGGUGAGUAGCAUAAGGGACAGGCGGCUGAGGAACAAAAAUGAUAUCGGUCAAAAUCAUUCCAGCACCUACUUUUUCCUAAGGAACUUCAUGCCCAUAGGGGUUUUCUGCGGGCAUUUCCAGGAGUGAGGCGAGGUACCACAGAUGCAUCCCGACCGGAUCAUGUAAGAAUUUGCAAAUGAGAAACGUACCCCAUCCAGACCUUCUCUGCCCGCUUUGCAGUACAUGGUUUGGUGUAAGCACAGCAAUUCUCACCUCCUUCUCUCCCUUUUAAGUCUCUUGAGCUUGGAGACCUCUUUCCUCAUUGCAAUUAUGAUUAUUUGCAACAUCAGUGCCAUCAAAGAUUGGAGCACUUUCCUUUCCCAAAUCCUCCCCAGCGUUAACAAGACUCUGAACUUGGUACAGCAAGUGGAAGCCACCACCAGCUCGGUGGUGAGUGUCCUCCAGGACCCUGAGCAGGACAACUACCUGUCCAAUAGCCAGUCCAUGAACUCCAGCAACUUCACAGCUGGCCUGGACCACUUGUUCCAGUACUCAUACUCGGACAAUGACCAGCUCUACAAGGAGUACAAACCCCCUCCUCGAGAUGCCAUUCCUCUGCCCAAGGCUGUCCUCUACCUCCUCAUGGCAGCCCUGGUGGUGGUGGCAGUGGCGUACGCCAUCGUCGGGCAUCUCAUCAAGGACCUCAUCUACGACUUUGUAGACUGGAUCUUUGGCCCCAACCCGGAUGACAACAGCAACAAGAGCGACAUCAACUGCAUCAGCAACAGCGUCAACGAGAUGAGCGAGCUGCCCGAGGCGCCGCAGCGGCAUCCCCGGGAGCGGCAGCCCCAGGACGUGGUCAUUGCCAUCAGCGAGACCUGUCACCUGCCGCAGCAAACGUGACCGGCGCCACGCCCGGGCCGGGCGGGAUGGAGCAGCGGGAUCGGCAAGGAGCAGCGGGAUGCACAGCAGGGAUGGAGCAGCGGGAUGGAGCCAUGGAACAGAGCAGCAGCCGCCCCGCAGGGCCGGGCGGGGAGAGGAUGGGAUGGGCAGAGCCGGCGCCCUGGAGCAAAGCCCUCCUCCCCCUGGUUGUACCAGCCUCUAAGGACCUUGUGGGGGUGGGUGGCAUCACCCCUUCUCCCAGGCUUGUCAGCCCUUGGGUUUGUGACCCCCUCUUUGUUCCCUGUGAAUAGCAAAAAAGAAAAAGCAAAUGCAAAAUACACCCACCAGACAAAGCUUGCAAGAGGAAUGAGCUGCAGAGAGAGGCCGGGCAGUCCUUUGGCAUGUGGCUGUCAUGGAAUGGUGUGGGGAAAAGGGCAAAGGAAACAAGGAGGCUGCAGAGAAAUGUGGUGUCUGCACUUCUGGGGACAGGCCCAGGGCACAGCAGGGAGCUGGGAGCUGCAAAAAGGCACAGAAAGGUCGGCAGGGGCCAAAUCCCCCAGUACAUUGGUGAUCUGCCUGGGCCAUCACUCCUGCCUUCAGUUCUGCAGCUCCAGCUCACCGCCCUUUCUAGCAGGUGUGUCCUGUGGCUCUGGGACAGCAGGGUGACAGCCCAAGCUGCCCAGGGAGCCUGAUUCUUCUGGGCCUGUAACCAAACCAGGGCCAUCACAUUCCCUCCAACACACCUCUGCUUGAGCCCAGCACCCCCUGGCAGGGAGCAGCCCUGUUGGGACCAGGUACAAUCCAUUUUUCUGAGGAAGGUUUCUGGAGAGGAGAUCAGGGACCCAUCUGCAUGAAAUCCAAACUCUUUGUGGGGGAAAAUAGCCCUUGUAUGUCUGCAUCCUUCAGACCCAUCCCAGUGUGAGCACCUCCUACAUCACCCUCAGAAUUCCUGCCACCCCAAGGGGUGCUGGUUUUGUACUGGGGUCAGCCCCACAUACAGUGAUGGAGCAGAGACACCUCCCUGUUCUCCCUGGACACCUUCCUCUUCCCAGCCAGAGCACACCAACCAAAACUGCCCUUCUCUGUGCCCAAAGACAUCCUUUCCCAUUUGUAGAUCCCUGCUCCUCACUGUUUAAGGGGCUCGGGGGAAGCCAGCAACAGCAAAUGUGUGGUGCAAGCUCCCAAACCAUGUGGGAAAAGGAGCAUCCUGAUGGCUUCAUUGCUGUUUUAAGAUCAGCUCUUCAAAACCUCAAUACAGGUUUUAAACCAGGAUCCAUAAUUUCUCUGUGUAGCACAGUGGAGGCACUGGGACCCAGCUCAUUCCUUGUGCCUCUCCUUUAUGAAGAUCCCUUUGCUCUCCACAUCUUCCCUGAACUUAAAAAAAAGGUUAUGCUGGUGUGCCACAGAGCCAGUCCUGAGAUGGGGCCGAGGUCCAGACUUGUGCAUUCAGGGAUGCAAGUCCUGCCUUUUCCCAGCCUGCAGCGCCCAGCACAGCACAAACAGAGGGGCCAGAACAGCAUCUUCCCCUUCUGAAGGUGCUUAAGGAAAAUGAAUGUGGUUUCAAACUCCUGCUCCAAGGGCUUUAAUGAGAGCCAUUAUCAGCAGUCCCACCCUGGGCUGGGGCUUUGUCGCUUUUCAGCAAGUGACAGUGAGGACAGUACCCCAGACCUCCCCCCGUAAUUAACCAUUUCCGAUCUGACA